UGGUAGUCACGCUUGCUUUGGUUCUUUUUUAAGCGGCUUCUUCAAAGUUCAAAUGAAAAUUGCGCUUCACUUCUCUAUCCAUUUCCCUGAAGUUUCUUUCACGCAUUUGCCUGUUUUGUUUGUUGUUUCUCUGUGUGUUGCAGAGUCGGUACAGCUUUCUCUUUCCUUGUAACCCACACUUUGACAAACUCUUCCUGCACUGCACAUAAUCGAAAGUAGUGCUUCUACUUUUUUCACAAUUCAUACGCCAUACCAAUCAAUUAAGCUAAGGUUCUCUUGUUUAACAAAUUCUGCUGCAUUUCUCUCACGGAGGUUCCAUCUGGGUCUCACUCAUGGAAGCAUCAUCACCCAUUUCAAUCCAGCAAACCCCUCUCCAACACCAUCUACCUGAGCCCUCUCCAAAACCUUACAAGAAAAGCUUCGUUACUACUCUAAUGGAGGCUGCCACUCUUCGUACUCCUUCCUUCAAGGAAGACACCUAUUUCAUCUCUCAUCUCAAAUCCUCUGAGAAGAAAGCACUGCAAGAGCUCAGGGACAAACUCUACGCCUCUUAUGAGUCUGAUAGUGAGUGUUCCAUGUGGGGCAUUCCCCUUUUGCAUUGUGAAGAGAAGGCUGACGUGAUACUGUUGAAGUUUCUGCGUGCCAGAGACUUUAGAGUCCCUGAUGCACUUCACAUGCUGGAGAAGUGUUUGUCCUGGAGAAAGGAGUUUGGAGCAGACAGCAUCUGUGAGGAGGAGUUGGGUUUUAAGGAGCUUGAAGGUGUUGUGGCUUAUAUGCAAGCGUAUGACAGGGAAGGACACCCUGUUUGCUACAAUGCUUAUGGGGUCUUCAGAGACAAGGAAAUGUAUGAGAGGAUAUUCGGAGAUGAAGAAAAGCUCAAGAAGUUCCUACGAUGGAGAGUUCAGGUGCUGGAGAGAGGGAUUAAACUUCUGCAUUUUAAGCCUGGUGGGGUUAACUCCAUUAUUCAAGUUACUGAUCUCAAAGACAUGCCCAAAAGAGAACUCAGGGUCGCUUCUAAUCAGAUCCUCUCUCUUUUUCAAGAUAAUUACCCUGAAAUGGUAGCUCGUAAGAUCUUCAUCAACGUCCCGUGGUACUUCAGCUUGUUGUAUUCGAUGUUCAGUCCGUUCCUGACUCAGCGAACUAAGAGCAAGUUCGUGAUCUCCAAGGAAGGAAAUGUUGCAGAGACUCUGUACAAAUUUAUAAGGCCUGAGGAUAUUCCAGUUCAGUAUGGAGGACUAAGUCGACCCAGCGAUUUGCAGAAUGGCCCACCUAAACCGGCUUCGGAGUUUACUGUAAAAGGAGGAGAGAAAGUGAACAUUCAGAUUGAAGGGAUUGAGGUUGGUGCAACAAUUACAUGGGACAUAGUGGUCGGGGGUUGGGACUUAGAGUACAGUGCAGAGUUCGUGCCUAAUGCAGAAGGGAGCUACACCAUUGCUGUGGAGAAGACAAGGAAAGUGGCUCCCUCAGAAGAGGCAAUUCACAACUCUUUCACGUCAAGAGAAGCUGGGAAGAUGGUGCUGUCCGUGGACAACACAGCCUCCAGGAGAAAAAAGGUUGCUGCUUAUCGAUAUAUCGUCCGCAAAUCCACUGUUGUUUAGAUUGAAUAGCUUGCCUAAUCAAAACUCUAAUAACAGAGUACUUUUUCUUUUGGGGUUAUUUUUUGGAGGAUGAUUGAAUUAAUGGCUGUGAACUGUUUUUAGUCUACUAGAUAGAGCAGUAAUGUAAUGUAUAAAAACGGUGGGUACUACAUAGCUUUUAUAUAUGUUAAUAUAGAAGCAAAUCAAGUUUUAACUUUGUUA